AUGUCGCAGCACAACCAAUUGUACUACAACGCCAUCCAGCCACGAACCUCGCUCCAUUCCCUGGUCAAUCCAGCUCCAGUUUCUGCUUCCUUUGACACCAGCAGCUCCAGCUCCAUCACCACCAUCACCACCAACAAUGCAAGUUCAACUCUAAACCCCAGCUCAAACCCCAAAGAUCCCAAUUCCAGUCCCACAUCAGACCCAAAUAAAAAUAAAAACAAAAACAAAAACAAAAAUGAAGGUUUCCCAGAUUCUUUACAAAAUUUCUCGAUGGCUUGUUUCAAUAUGGUUGAUGCUUUUAAUUUCAAUGAGUUCCAAAAACUGGAAAUGCAAUCUCAAUUAAAAAAUUUGAUCUUAAAAGCAAUAAAAGAGAAAAAAAUGUGGUUAAAUAACUGGGAAAUUCAAACUUUGCCAAUUUUUAAUAGCUAUAUUCAUAGUAAUUUUAAAUCUAACGAUUUACAGUUGGUUUAUGAUUUAGAAAAAAAAUUAAUCAAAGACAAUGAUAACCAUACUAAUAUUAACAAAAUAGACAAAAGUUCAAUAAAUGCAAAUAAUAAAAGACCCAUUCUAGAUGAUAUCACAUCUUCGCCGCAAUCUGGUAAUCAUCUUUAUCUAAGUGAAGAGAAAAAAAGAAGAAGAUUGGAAAGAUUCGCAACAAAUAGUAAUCCAAAUAACCCCAUUUUCCAAAAUCAGCAACAACAAACAACAACAACUUUUAAACUUGACCCUUAUAAGCACUUUCAAAAGGAAUCUGAGGAAAUUAACCCUAAAAACCUAACUCCCAUUGUCGGUUUAAAUACAAAUCUAGAGAAAAAUUAUUACAACUCUUCUUCAACCAUCCUCCCAACCCAAGUUAGACCUUUAAAAAUCUUAAACCAAACUUUUAAUCUACUACUCGAAAAAUUCAAUUCAAAUAAUAACAAAAUCAACAAUAAUAAACCAAAUAUUCCUUAUAACUAUUUUUGGAACCAAUUUAAAUCAAUGAGACAGGAUCUAACUGUCCAAUCAAUUCAAAAUGAACUAACUAAAAACGUUUAUGAAACUCAUUCAAAGAUUGCAAUUUUAAAUAAUGAUUUAAAUGAAUUUAAAUCUUGCUUAACCAGCUUAAAAUCUAUUUAUUCCACUUUACCAAACGAUUUAAGUAAAUUCGAAUAUUUAUCCUAUCGAAUUCUUUAUUUUAUUUUAAUUGAAAAUUUCUCAGAAAUAUCAAAAAUUAGAUUAUCUUUAAAUCAGUCAAACGUUAAAAAAAUCCAUAUUUUUAAAUCUCAUUACUACUUCAUCUCAAUUUCUUUAGAAUUAUCCCACUAUAUUUAUACAAAUAACUACCACGCCUUUUUCAAAUUGUAUUCAAAUUUAGUCAAUCAAAAUUAUAAAUUCAAUAAAUUAUUAAAAACAAAUAUCCCCAAAGAUAUUGAACUUUUUGUCAAAAUUUAUAAUAAUAAUUUCACCUAUAACGAAAACGAGUCCAACAAUAAUAAUAAUAAUAGUAAUAAUAAUACUAACAAUAAUAAAGCCACUCAUAAAAAGAAAAAAAAAUACAAUUUCAAAAUUCAACUAUCAAAACCGUUUACAAUAGAUGAAGUUAAAAAGAAAAAAUAUUAUAACUUGACUUUUUUCUUGAUUUUAAUUAAUUUUUUCCUAAAUAAAGAAAGAAUUAAAACUUUAUCUAUUUUUUGUAAAAUAUACCAAAAGAUUUCAACUGACUUUUUAAUCACUGAAUUAUCCUUUCAAUCCAAAGAUAGUUUAAAAGAAUUUUUAUCAAGUUAUGACUUAUUAAAUUUUAUUAUAUUUGAUGCUCAUAAAAAGGAAAAUUCCACUACGACGACUACUACUACUGGUAAUAAUAAUAAUAAUAAUAAUAAUAAUAAUAAUGUAACUUAUUUGGAUUGUCGUCAAGCAAGAUUGAAAGUUGAAGAAAUAAAAAUGAGAUUAUGUAAGAAAGUCGAUAUAAAGGGACAAAUGUGA